AUGUCCCAAACAAGAAAACCUUGUACAGUUCUCCGACAAACGAAGGACCAUCUCCCAGAAGACAUCAUACUCAACAUCCUGGCAAACCUGCCUGUCAAAUCAGUCCUAAGAUUCAGGUGUGUUUCUAAAACCUUGGACUCCUCAAUCACCACUCCUAAUAUCAUCUCCAAUCACCUUAAUACUAAUCUUAAAAACAACGACUUAGCUUAUCUCAUAAACAUUUCUACUACUACUACUGCUUUUCCUUUUAACAACAGCAACAUCCCAAUCUUUAUCGAUGGUUACGACCACAUAUUUAAUAGGAUUUCCCAGUACCCAAUUCCCUCUGCUUUUCUUUUAUCUGAUGCCUACUCAGUUAGUUCAUGCAAUGGCCUGGUGUGUCUCGCAGAAUUAAGAAACACUUCCCCUCAUACUGUUGCUGAUUAUGUAUAUUUGUGGAACCCCAGCAUUAGAAAAUUUAAGAGGUUGCCUGAUUUUUCCCCAACCAAACGUGAUUGGCUUUCUACUGGAUUUGCUUAUCAGUCCAACACCAAUGACUACAAGGUUGUCAAGAUCUCUCGAAUGCCUGCUCCUGAACCCAACCACCAUAGGAUUGAGCUUGGGGCUGAUGUUUACACAUUAAGCUCCAACUCUUGGAGAAGGGUUGGAAUGUCAUUGACACACAUUGUUAUGGUCUCCCAUUUCAAAAAUUGGAAUGCCACAUUUGUUAGUGGGGCUUUGCAUUGGUUGGGAUACGUUUGUAAAGCCCCGCCUUAUCACAUGAUUUUGUAA